GCCUUUUGCAUAGUCCCUGAAGCCUGAAGCCCCAAAUCCUUCACUCAUUCUUCAAGUAAGGGGAAAGUUUGAAACACUGUGUGUCUGAUAGGGCUGGAGCUGGUUGUAGCUACUUCCCAGGGGGCUUUUUAACACAUCUAAGAUGGUCCGUGAACAGUACACUACAACCACAGAAGGCACCCACAUACAGAGGCCAGAGAACCAGUGUGUCUACAAAAUUGGCAUUUAUGGCUGGAGAAAGCGUUGCCUCUACUUAUUUGUUCUUCUUUUACUCAUCAUCCUCCUUGUGAAUUUUGCUCUUACAAUUUGGAUUCUUAAAGUGAUGUGGUUUUCCCCAACAGGAAUGGGUCACUUGCGUGUUACAAAAGAUGGUCUUCGCCUAGAAGGAGAAUCAGAAUUUUUAUUCCCGUUGUAUGCUAAGGAAAUACACUCCAGAGUGGACUCAUCUCUCCUUCUGCAGUCAACUCAGAAUGUGACUGUCAACGCACGCAACUCUGAAGGAGAGGUCACAGGCAGAUUAAAAGUGGGUCCCAAAAUGGUAGAGGUCCAGAGUCAACAGUUUCAGAUCAACUCCAAGGAUGGCAAGGCACUGUUUACUGUCGAUGAAAAGGAAGUCGUGGUUGGUACAGAUAAACUUCGAGUAACUGGAAAACAAUAUCCCAUAGAAUACAUUUCUACAAAAGCAUAUUUUACUUUUGGCAAGUUUACUCUGGAAUUUUUCAGGCUACAGGAGCAGCCUGGAGAAAAGCAUCAGUUGUGCCAGAGUGUGAUAGAAAGAGACACAGAGUGGGUCAGACAAGGUUUCUCAAGGAAAGACGAAUUUGAGCUGGUCCUAGAAAAAUGCGUCAAGGUUUAUCAGGAAGAAAAAGUGAGAAUGUACACUAUAUUAGCAUUCAAGAAUGACAUCAUGAUACUAUAUGCUUUGUUAAUUGUAUUUUCUAUGCAAAGCCAUUCAAUGAGGGAUUCCUGGGGUAGCUUUUUUUUAAUACUAUUUUUUGUUGCUUCUUUCCCUCAUUUCAGGUUAGAAUCCCCCACACGGAGUCUAAGCAUGGAUGCCCCAAAGGGUGUUCAUAUUAAAGCUCAUGCUGGGAAAAUUGAGGCUCUUUCUCAAAUGGAUAUCAUUUUUCAAAGUAGUGAUGGAAUGCUUGUGCUUGAUGCUGAAACUGUGUGUUUACCCAAGUUGGUUCAGGGGACUCAGGGUGCCGCCGGCAGCUCACAAAGACUCUAUGAAAUCUGUGUGUGUCCAAAUGGGAAGCUUUAUCUGUCUGUGGCUGGCGUGGGUACCACAUGCCACGAAAACAGUCACAUCUGUCUCUAAACCACCUGCAUCUUCCACGGAGCACCUGCCUCAUUUCAUUGAGCUUUACAGAUGCCGACCUCAAGCCUUCACACCAAGCAACUUGACAUCCUGGUGGAUGGUGGAUAGGAAGUAGGACGGCACACUUUCAAAAGGAACUCAGAAAAAUGUACCAGUGAAGGUGUUCUGAUGAAAAUCCAUGAUCUCAGAAAUGGUGUGCACAUAUUAGACACAAAAGUCUAGCGAUAGCAACAAAAAAAAAGUCUUUAUUCCACUAGGUUUAUUUUCAUCAAAGCCAUUGUGACUUUUCUUUUUCUUUCUUGUAGAAAAUCGAUCUACAAUGGAAUAUUGAAUUGCUGUGUGGAAUUAAUUUAUGCCAUUCAACUGUGACUAUCUAACUCCCCAUAAAAGUAGCAUUGGUCAAUACUAAAAUGCCCCCAAAGUUCUGUGUGGUGUUCCCACUAUAUCACUCCAACCCACAAGUUCUCUCAUUUUAAUGCAAAGUGUGUCAGGUUUCACAAGAAAUCUUCAGGUUUUGAGGGGACUUGGGUUGAUCUGAUUUUCAGUAUGUAGUCAAAGGAAUAAAUUAUACAAAACUAAUCAUGUUUCCUUUAUAUACAGUUAUAAGCAAUAAAAAUCAACCUACAUUUUUCACAAA